ACUGAGUACAUACUACAUUCAAUACGUUAUUUUUGAUCCUGUUGGACAUAAUACUUGUCGGUCGACCGAAUUGAAUUGAAUUUGAAAGAGCCUUUCCUAUCAUCAUGGGCGAGAAGUACGGCGACUAUCAAGCGGAGAUCUACGGCCGUGGGGCCACGAUGGGCCUUCUGCCGACCGUUACGACGGAUCCCAGGCUGCUUGAGGAACAGGCGAAGAAGGUGCUGAGUGCGCGCUCGUACAAUUAUAUUGCUGGGGGUGCGGGAGAGAAGGCGACGAUGGAUAGUAAUCGGUUGGCGUUUCGACAGUGGAAAUUGAUCCCGAGGAUGAUGAAGCAGCUGGAUAACCAAAACCUCACGGUAAACCUAUUCGGACAGGAGUAUCCCAACCCACUUCUCCAGGCUCCAGUGGGCGUGCAAUGCCUAUUCCACGAUGACAAGGAGACUGGGCUAGCGGAGGCCUGCUCAGAGGCUGGAGUACCAUACAUCCUCAGCACAGCCAGCAGCAGCACGAUCGAGGAAGUGGCCGCGGCAAACGGCGACGGGAAACGGUGGUUCCAGCUCUACUGGCCGAUGAGCGACGAUGCUACACUAUCUCUGCUCAAACGCGCAAAGGAGAACGGCUUCUCGGUCCUGGUUGUUACCCUCGAUACGUGGUCGCUUGCCUGGCGACCAGCGGAUCUCGACAAUGCUUACAUCCCGUUCAUCAAGGGGAUUGGAAACCAGAUCGGCUUCAGCGACCCGGUGUUUCGGAAGAAGUUCGAGCAGGAAUCCGGGAGCAAGAUUGAGGAUGAUAUUACUGGUGCAUCUAGAGCGUGGACCUCGGAUGUGUUCCCUGGCCGACCGCACACAUGGGAGCAUGUUUCCUUCCUCCGAAAGAAUUGGGACGGUCCGAUUGUGCUGAAGGGAAUUCAGCAUGUGGAGGAUGCCAAAUUGGCACUGGAUGCGGGAUGCGACGGCAUUGUUGUUUCCAACCACGGAGGUCGACAAGUUGAUGGUGCGAUUGGGUCUUUAGAAGUCCUUCCAGAAAUUGUCGAGGCAGUUGGCGACAAAAUGACCGUUCUCUUCGACUCGGGGGUUCGGACUGGCUCUGACGCCAUUAAGGCGCUAUGCCUGGGGGCUAAGGCAGUUCUUGUAGGCCGACCAGCGAUCUAUGGCCUUGCUGUUGAUGGAAAGAACGGAGCGAAGGCCGUACUGAGGGGAUUGUUAGCAGACUUGUGGCAGAAUAUGGGAUUAGCAGGAAUUCGGACGGUGGCCGAGUGCACCCCAGAUAGAAUCAGGAAGAUUCAAUAUCCUGGGGACACCAAAGCGAUGCUAUAGUAGUACAAAAAGUAUCAUUAUGGCGGUCGGUCGAUGGGCAGUGUAAAUUAUAUAUAUUUAUCAUAUGAUUCAGAAGGGGAGAGGUGUGAGAAAUGAAGAUCAAGGAUAAAGUUACUCAGUAUCGAAAAAAGAUGAUCACAUUCAUCUUCUAACCUGAUCCAUUGCCGCGUGUCUUGACUAUUCCGGGGUAGAAG